AACCCGCUCCAGCGUUGGCUCCGGCAGCCGGGAAUGAUGGCGACCCCAGAGAGCCUGUUCGCCCCUGGGGGUGACCUGGAUUCAAGUCAGCUACAGAUGGAAUCUGAUGAAGUGGAUACUCUGAGGGAGGGAGAGGACCCAGCUGACCGGAUGCACCCCUUUCUGGCCAUCUAUAACCUUCAGCCUCUGAAAAUGCACCCUAUAGUGUUUGCCCCUGGAGUCCCCAUCACAGCCCAGGUGGUGGGCACGGAAAGAUACACCAGUGGAUCCAAGGUGGGAACCUGCACCCUGUAUUCUGUCCGCUUGACUCAUGGUGACUUUACCUGGACCACCAAGAAGAAGUUCCGCCAUUUCCAGGAGCUGCACCGGGACCUCUUGAGACACAAAGUUCUGAUGAGUCUGCUCCCCUUGGCUCGCUUUGCUGUUGCCUAUGCUCCAGCUCGGGAGGCAGCCAACAGAGAAAUUCCCUCUCUACCCCGAGCUGGUCCUGAGGGCUCCACCAGACACGCAGCCAGCAAACAGAAAUACCUAGAGAAUUAUCUUAACCGCCUCUUGGCCAUGUCUUUCUACCGCAACUAUCACGCCAUGAUGGAGUUCUUGGAAGUCAGUCAGCUGUCCUUUAUCCCAGACCUUGGCUCCAAAGGACUGGAGGGAAUAAUUCGGAAGCGUUCAGGGGGUCACCGGGUACCUGGCUUCACCUGCUGUGGCCGAGACCAAGUUUGUUAUCGCUGGUCUAAGAGGUGGCUGGUGGUGAAGGACUCCUUCCUGUUGUACAUGUGCCUCGAGACCGGCGUCAUCUCAUUUGUCCAGCUCUUCGACCCUGGCUUUGAGGUGCAGGUGGGGAAAAAGAGCACAGAGACACGGUAUGGGGUCCGCAUCGAUACCUCCCACAGGUCCCUGAUUCUCAAGUGCAGCAGCUAUCGGCAGGCACGGUGGUGGGGCCAGGAGAUCACUGAGCUGGCUCAGGGCCCAGGCAGAGACUUCCUACAGCUCCACCGGCACAGCAGCUAUGCCCCACCCCGGCCUGGGACCCUGGCCCGGUGGUUUGUGAAUGGGGCAGGGUACUUUGCGGCUGUGGCAGAUGCCAUCCUGCGAGCAAGGGAGGAGAUUUUCAUCACAGAUUGGUGGUUGAGUCCUGAGAUUUACCUGAAGCGUCCGGCUCAUUCAGAUGACUGGAGGCUGGAUAUUAUGCUCAAGAAGAAGGCGGAGGAGGGUGUCCGUGUGUCUGUUCUGCUGUUUAAGGAAGUGGAGUUGGCCUUGGGUAUCAACAGUGGGUACAGCAAGAGGACUCUGAUGUUACUGCACCCCAAUGUAAAGGUGAUGCGCCACCCAGACCAAGUGACACUGUGGGCCCAUCAUGAAAAACUCCUGGUGGUGGACCAAGUAGUGGCCUUCUUGGGGGGGCUGGACCUCGCCUAUGGCCGCUGGGAUGACUUGCACUACCGUCUGACUGACCUUGGGGAUUCCUCUGAAUCAGCUGUCUCUCAGUCUCCCACCUCGUGCCCAAGUUCUCAAGCCACCCCAGACCUCUCCCACAACCAACACUUCUGGUUGGGCAAGGACUACAGCAAUCUUAUCACCAAGGACUGGGUACAGCUGGACCGGCCUUUUGAAGAUUUCAUUGACAGGGAGACCAUGCCCCGGAUGCCAUGGCGGGACGUUGGGGUUGUUGUCCAUGGCACCUCCGCUCGGGACCUUGCCCGGCACUUUAUCCAGCGUUGGAACUUCACCAAGACUACCAAGGCCAAGUAUAAGACUCCCAUGUACCCCUACCUGCUGCCCAAGUCAUACAGCACUAUAAGCCAGCUCCCGUUCAAUCUCCCUGGAAUGCAGUGUACUACUGUGCAGGUCUUAAGGUCAGUGGACCGUUGGUCAGCGGGAACUUUGGAGAACUCUAUCCUCAAUGCCUACCUGCACACCAUCAGAGAGAGUCAGCACUUCCUCUACAUCGAGAAUCAGUUCUUCAUUAGCUGCUCAGAUGGGCGGACGGUUCUGAACAAGGUGGGCGAUGAGAUUGUGGACAGAAUCCUGAAGGCCCACAAACAAGGACAGUGUUUCAGAGUAUAUGUGCUUUUGCCUCUGCUCCCUGGCUUUGAGGGCGACAUCUCCACAGGUGGUGGUAAUUCCAUCCAAGCCAUUCUGCAUUUCACUUACAGGACCCUGUGUCGCGGGGAGUAUUCAAUCCUACACCGCCUCAAAGCAGCCAUGGGAACAGCGUGGAGGGACUACGUGUCCAUCUGCGGGCUUCGCACACAUGGGGAGCUGGGUGGGCACCCAGUCUCAGAACUCAUUUAUAUCCACAGCAAGAUGCUCAUUGCAGACGACCGGACAGUCAUCAUUGGCUCUGCAAAUAUCAAUGAUCGGAGCCUACUGGGAAAGCGGGACAGUGAGCUAGCUGUGCUGAUCGAGGACACAGAGAUGGAGUCAUCGGUCAUGGACGGAAAGGAGUAUCAGGCGGGCAGGUUUGCCUUGAGUUUACGAAAGCACUGUUUCAGCGUGAUUCUUGGGGCGGAUGCCCAGCCAGACCUGGAUCUCCGAGACCCUGUCUGUGAGGACUUCUUCCAGUUGUGGCAGGAUACGGCUGAGAAAAAUGCCAAUAUCUAUGAGCAGAUCUUCCGAUGCCUGCCAUCCAAUGCCACACGUUCCAUGCGGGCACUCCGGGAGUAUGUGACUGUGGAGCCUCUGGCCACGGUCAGCCCUCCCUUGGCACGGUCUGAGCUCACCAAAGUCCAGGGCCACCUGGUCCACUUCCCCCUCAAGUUCUUGGAGGAUGAGUCUUUGUUGCCGCCACGAGGCAGCAAGGAGGGCAUGAUACCCAUGGAGGUGUGGACAUAG